UCACUUUGCAAACUGUCACAAAAGUCAUGGUGGAUUUGGUUUGGUAACUAGAUUUUUUUUGUAUCGGACGUAAUAGCACGUUUACGUUCUAAAUGAUUAUUUCAACUCACAUUUAUUAAAUUAAUGACGAUAACAAAGGUUUCAUGAGUAUUAAGAGAAGCUGACAAAUUCAAAAUGAUUAACAUGCACGUCUUAAAACAGUCUACUAUUGUUCACCUAUGUUUUGCAAUAUCUUAUUUCACAUCGGGGUUAAUAUUAAGUUUGAUACAAGGCGUUUUAUACUGUGGUCUCAAGCCAUUCAAUAAGAGAUUGUACAGAAAAAUAAACUAUUAUCUUUCUUACUCAUUUUACUGUCAAUUAGUGUUUAUGGCAGAAUGGUGGUCAGGUACAACAAUGUCUGUCUAUGUUAAAAAGGACGAAUAUGAAAAAUUUUAUGGUAAAGAGCAUGGGUACCUCCUCAUGAAUCAUAGCUAUGAAAUAGAUUGGCUCAUGGGGUGGCAGUUUUGUGAUGGCAUCCAAGUUUUAGGGAAUUGCAAGGCAUAUGCGAAAAAAUCUAUUCAAUACCUACCUCCUAUUGGUUGGAUGUGGAAAUUUUCAGAGUUUGUAUUUCUAGAAAGAUCUUUUGAUAAGGACAAGGAAAUUAUAAAAAAGCAAAUAUCCGAAAUAUGUGAUUACCCAGAUCCUGUUUGGCUAUUAUUGACGCCCGAAGGCACAAGAUUUACGAAAAAGAAGCACGAAGCGUCGCUGAAUUUCGCGAAAGAGAAGAACCUUCCCCUUCUGAAACACCACUUGACCCCUCGCACCAGGGGUUUCACGACAAGCUUGCAAUUUUUCCGAGGAAAAAUUCCAGCUAUUUACAACAUACAAUUGGCUUUCGAAAAGGAGGCAAAGACGCCCCCUACACUAACCAGUUUACUGUUCGGGAAACCGGUGCACGCGCAUUUACUCAUCGAGAGAAUACCGGUCGAGACCGUGCCGCAUGAUGAAGCCGAGGCGGCUACUUGGUUACACGACCUCUUCGUCGUAAAAGAUAAAAUGCAAGAGUCGUUCAUGAACACCGGAGACUUCUUCCUGGAGUCCGGCGUGGAAAGGAUCGAGCCGUUCAAAGCGUCGCGCCGAGUGUAUUCGCUGAUCAACACCUUAGGGUGGGCGGUGGUGACUCUCACGCCGAUGCUUUACUAUUUGUUUGGUCUGUUGUUGAGCGGCAAACUUCUGUAUUUCUCCAUCGGUUGCGCUAUCCUUGCUGCGUUUUACAUGCUCCUCCAAAAAUCGAUUGGCAUGACCAAAAUCGUCCAAGGUUCUUCAUACGGAACCGAAAAAAAAUAAGGUACCUGUCUCAGUAUUGAACGAAUAUUCUACAUUUACUAGUAUUUGUACGUACAUUGUUUUUUUUAUGUUUAUUUACAUUUGGUGUGGAUCAUGUUUGUGUUUUUAAAAUUAUAUUAGAUAGUUUUAACUGGAAUUGUUUUCUAGUAACAAAAUUGAAUAAAUUAGUGUGCGGUAUUUGUGAAUAUUAUAUUUGCAAUAGAUGAAAUCCUAGUAAAGUAAUGGAAACUUGUUGUUGGUGUAAAAUUGUAAAUCCGUUGUUUUAAAAUAUUUUUAUAAAAAUCUAAAACUUAUGAAUAAAUAUCUUCUAAAACCAUUAGAUCCUAAAGAUAUAUUUUGACAUUUUAUACAAGAUAACUGUUGUUGUAAGGUGUACUGCAAUUGAAAUAAUUUAGUUGGAAGGAUUUAUUUAGAUGUUAAUUCAUAUGUUUUUUUGCUGCUGAGUACAAAUUUACGUUGAAGAUUAUUAUUAACUUGAUCGACCAACUUAUUAAGACAAAUAAAACAGUGUCAAAGUGUUAAAAACUUUCUAUCAUAAUGUAUAUCACCAUCUUAUAUGAAAAUCCAAAGUUUUUAAGACUUGAAUAAAUUGUCUUUUCUGCGUUAGGGCCGAUGCCGCAUGCCUCAGUUAUUUACCUUAAGACUUUUGCCAAAGUGGUAUUAUUGAAACCACCAUCACCAACUAAAGAACUGGAUGGUUACUUCUAAAUUCAAUAAAAUUUCCUAAAAACUUGCCCCAAUUUUGAAUAGAAAAUAAUCUUGCAAGCGGUAAAAAUCGGCCCCUAACGUAUACAUGUUAUAAAUUGGUUUGUUAUUCUUUGCACAAAAUAUUCCUUUCUGUUGAACUAAUAAAGUUAUUCACACAGCAUCUUGUUGAAUUAUAAAAGUUCUUUGUAAAUGUCAACAGUUUGUUUAUCAAAGUCAUUAAUUUAGUUGAAAUUGAUCAUACUGUAUUUCAACUGAAGGAUUUUUCUUUGAGCAAAAUGAAUGGCUUAAAUUAUGUGGCUAUUUCUAAAUCGAGACUGAAUAAAUCAGCACAAACGAGUUAUUUUUAAAUUUAUCUUUAACCAUGUUAUAAACUUAAUAUUCCUAAUAAUUUUGUAAUGUAAUGGUGAUGGUUUAUUUUACAUAGAAUUUAGUCAACACCAUACAAAAUAACAUAAGUACCUAACAAUUGUUGACGGUUACGAUUUUUUGUGUAGUAAAUCUAUGCCAAUACCCGCUGAUUUAUAAAAGUUAUAUGAUUGUGAUUUUUAACAUGAUUUAUUCAAGCACAAAUCGUAAUGAUAGUUUUGCAAGCUUUUUAUUUAUAAGCGUUACAAUUUUGAGAAACUUUUGGUUAAUGUUAUAGGAAACAUUAUAAGAUUUGUUUAUUGAAAUUUUAUAACUGCCUAUGUAUGUUAUUAAUUAUAUUACUUGACUUGAUAACUAUUGUACAGACUUAAAAUGGUUUGUAGCUAUUUAUGAAUUUAUACUCAAAACUAUUAAGAUGCGCAUGAUUUUCAAGUCUUGAUAAUAUAUUUUAUACUUGCAUGUACACAGUACAUGCGUUUGUACAAUGUAAGCUUGAUUAUGACGUGCAUCUUGUUGUUUAUUUUCUAGGUAUUGUAAUCCAUUAACAUUUAACAAAGAUUCCAUAGUUUUGAUAAUUCAUGUUACAUUCAUCAUUUGUUUUCCAACACACUAACCCUUAAACGCGGCGUCACUUUCACGUUUUAAAAGAUUCAUGGAGCAUCCUUAUUACUCCCAGGACAAAAGUGGCCUAUGUUACUCGAUAACUUCAUAUUCCGUGCAGCAUUCAAUCAGUGGUAUAAUUUUCAAAGUUGGAUGUAUAAGAUUACAUUUUUUUACCUCUAUUAUUGUAAAUUUAAGUAGAUUAAUACUAAAAUAUUUUUAAAAUUGACAAAACAAAAAUAUUUUGAUGUUUGUAGAACUCAUAAAAAUGUAUAGUGUAUUUGUCAAUACAAUAAAAAAUAGAUAUUCAUGAAUAUUUGUUUUGUAAAAAAAUUCACAGUUACAAGGUUGUUGAAUUUUGGGAUUUUUCUUUACAUUUGUGCAGUUUUUUUAACAUUGACCAACAGUGGGUUUCAUAGUUUCUUCAACUGGAAUUAUUAUGUACUGUAACUAAAAAACGCCUUUGA